AUGACCUCAAAUAUACACAUAGAUCUAAAAAAUCUAACCAAACUAAAUGCAAUCAAACCAAUUCCGAAGCCAUUUCGAAAAUUAGGUUCCGGUAAAUGGUUGGAAUUAGAGGAAAUCGAAUACUCUGAUCCUGUUGCCAAUGUUGCGCGACGAUGGGAAGUUUGUCGAAGGAUAAAAGAUCAGAAUAAUAACAAAGAAGCGGCAAAAGAAGAAAAAGAAAUAGUUGAUGCAAUAGAUAUACAUGCGUUAAUAAUUCAGCCAACCCAACCUAACGACCCACAAAUAAUUCUGGUAAUUCAGUAUCGACCAGCAGUUGGUGAUUACUGUGUCGAAUUCCCAUCAGGUUUGAUUGAUCCGCAUGAAACACCGGAACAAGCAGCAGCUCGAGAAUUAAAGGAAGAAACGGGCUACAUCGGAACAGUGAAAAGUGUUUCACCGCCGAUUUGUUAUGAGCCGGGAAUAACCGACUCCAAGUCAAGGAUUGUAUGCAUGGAAAUUGACGCAAGUCUACCCGAAAACAUGACCCCGAAACAACAACUUGAGGAAGACGAAUGGAGUGUGACAGUAUUAAAAGUGUCUAAUAAGAAUCUUUAUUCAGCAUUACAAGAACUUGAAAAAACUGUGGCAAUCGAUAGUAGAAUCUAUGCGUACGCGUUAGGAAUACACAUGACCCAAGUGUCAUGA